AUGAAAUAUCUCAUUGAGGUUAACAAAAAUACUUUCGAGACGAUGACUGCGGUUAUGACUAGAGACCACACCUGCCGGACCGACGUAAAUUGGAAUGGUUUUAUUGAAGCUAUGCGGUCGAUAGGAUUUAGAGUUACCGGCAUUACUGGCUCCAAGUUCCGUUUCGAUCCUCCCGCCAUUAUGCAACGUCGGACAAUCGUGAUCCAUGAUCCUCACACUCCAGCUCUUGACAAAGACCAGCUACGCUGGCUGCGAAAGAAAUUGGUCAAAAAUUAUGAUUGGAGCGAGGAAAGUUUUGUCAGAAGAUCGGACGAAGAAGAAGGCGGUCAACCUGCCUUCGACAUGCUCAUGCGCGGCGAGGAUAUCGUGCGUAUCGCCAAGUUUGCAAAAGCUGGGAUCGCCUCGUACAUACUCUCCGAGACCGCGGCGGCGAAGGGGCGCACCGAAUAUGAAACCAAGAGGCCUCCGCCAUCGAUAUUAUCGGCCUACAUAGGCGGCGACCGUCGGCAUCCUCCCAUGGUAUAUGCGCACGUUCGCGCAGUGUCUGCCAAGGUCUAG